AUGUCUAUCGGUGUGCCCAUUAAGGUUCUUCACGAAGCGGAAGGUCAUGUUGUAACUUGUGAAACAAACACCGGUGAAGUGUAUCGUGGCAAAUUAAUAGAAGCCGAAGAUAAUAUGAACUGCCAAAUGACCGGAGUUACUGUGACUUACCGCGACGGUCGUGUUGGUCAAAUGGAGAAUGUUUACAUCAGAGGUUCCAAGAUUCGUUUCCUAAUACUACCUGACAUGUUAAAGAAUGCUCCAAUGUUUAAACGACAAGGGAAUAAACCUACUGCUGGGCGCGGGAAGAGUGCUAUAUUACGAGCACAAGCGGCAGGCCGAGGUCGAGCAGGUGGUCGUGGAGGAGGGCAUCGUGGUGGCUGGCAAGGUGGCUCAGGGCCUUCAAGACGUUAG